CUCUCCUGUUGUGACAGCGCUGCUGCCAGCGAACGUAGUACUUAGGAGCAGAAGAGGACACGAGCACUCAUGGCGUCCUCCGCUUGUGUCUUCGCGUCUCUGUUGAUGCUUAUUGUAGCGGGACAGCCAGGUCUUGCUGGCCACCCGUUACUUGUCUUUCUCAUUGAUGGUUUCCGCUACGACUACAUGGACGACCUAAACUCACUACCUGGCUUUAAAGACCUAGUGUCCAGAGGGGUGAAAGUGGACUACAUGUCGCCGGAUUUCCCGAGUUUGUCUUACCCGAACUAUUACUCCUUAAUGACAGGCCGUCACUGUGAUACUCAUCAAAUGGUUGGAAACUACAUGUGGGAUGAAUCCUCUGGGAAGGAGUUCCUGCUUGGGACCAAUCCUGACAGCAGAUUGCCUCUCUGGUGGAAUGGAUCAGAGCCUUUAUGGGUCACUUUGCAGAAACUUGGGAAAAAAGUGUAUAUGUACUACUGGCCAGGCUGUGAAGUGGAGAUUCUGGGGAUUCGCCCAACCUUCUGUGAAGAGUACGUCUACAAUCCAUCAAUACAAAACCUUACUGAUUCAAUUGAACUCUCUCUCAAUUUACUCAGGUCAGGAAACGCAAACAUGGCAGCAAUAUAUUAUGAAAAAAUAGAUGUAGAAGGACACCACUUUGGUCCAGACUCCUCACAGAUUAAAGCAGCAGUUCAACAACUCGAUACAGCAAUGCAGGUGCUCAACAGCAAAAUCAUAGAGAAGGGCAUGGAGAAUAAAGUCAACAUUGUGCUAUUUUCAGACCAUGGAAUGACAAAAAUUCAAUGGAUGGAAAAGGUAAUAGAAUUGGACAAGUAUAUCGAAAUGCCAGAUGUUGUCAAGAUGAUGGACAAAGGACCAGUAGUCAGUUUGUGGGUCAAAGGAGAGAAGUACCAACAGGUAAAAACAGCUUUGUCAAAAGUCCCAAACAUGCAUGUUUAUGCCAGAGAAGAGAUUCCUGAACGCUUCCAUUAUAAAGGAGGAAAGUUUGUUGCCCCUCUGACACUGGUGGCUGAGCCUGGCUGGUUCAUCGCUGAGAAUAAGGCUAAUCUGCCAUACUGGAAAAAUGACUCGAGUGGGCAAGCCUCGGCAUGGCAAAAUGGCUGGCACGGUUACGACAACGAAUUUCGAGACAUGGGAGGCUUUUUCUUGGCAGCAGGACCUGACUUCAAGCAGAACUUCCGUGCUGCUCCUAUUCGAUCUGUGGAUGUCUAUAAUGUGAUGUGUCGGACACUUGGAGUAGAACCAUUACCAAAUAAUGGUUCCUGGUCUCGUGUUGAGAAGCUCCUCAACUCUUCACCUACUUUCCACUUAGCCACAACCCAGUGGACCUGCUACAUGGCUUUAUUAGGAACACUCUUAGCACUUUGCUAAUAAAAGACACCAAAGUUGAUAUAGUUUACAGAUAUUUUGCACCAAUUUAUAGAAGCUCCAAGAGCUUGAUCACUAAUAUUGAUUCUUGAAGCCAAUCUUAAGAUUGGUACUGUAUUUAGGAGUGUGAUUAAAAGAACAAAAUCUGCAGUUAUGAAAUUCCAGAUCAAAAAUAACAUUGUUACUACAUAGAGAUGCGUUUAGUGCUGAGGUAUUUUCAAGUCAAUGUCUUUUUAAUAAUUCAGACAUUUAACAUUUUUCUGACUGAGAUUAGGAACUAUGAAUGCAAAAUUUUUAUUUUACUUUCGACAUAGACUUCAUAACCUAUUGACAUGACGCGGGAAAUGGGGCCGAUUCUUAUGGGGCCUAUUUUAAAAAACUUCAGAUUCAAAUAUUUUCAAAACCAAAGCUGCUACCGACCUAAAACCAAAACAGGCACCUACCUUAGCAAUAUGAGUCUCCAUGAGCAGCGGCAUAAAAAAAUUCGAAGUCAUUCCCUUAUAAAAUCCCAAUUAAUUAUUUUUAUAUAAGUAUAACACAACUUAAAAUGACUAUAAACGUCUCAGAUUCUACACUACAUGCACAAAAAUCACCAAAUUCAGGCUCAAUAGCAAUAUUUACCAUAUAAGUUUUUGACUAAAAUAGCAACUUCAUUUUUUUUUUUCAUUUACUGCAAAUUUUCAACAGCUAAAUCACUCAAUGUAACAUCAGAAACUUAAUACUUGAGGAAAACAUGCAGAAUCAAUUAUAAAUAAUAUGUAAAUAGAAUAUUAAUAAAUUCUUCAUACAAUCACAACUUUUUAUAGAAUCGAAUAGUCCUUUAUAAUCGUUAUACACUAUAUAUUGUUAGCGAAUGAGGCUAGCGGUCACCUGGUGUAAACAGAGCUUUUCUGGCAAAAAUUCUUGUGAAUAAUGCUUAGAGCCCCAAAUUCAUCAUAGAUAUGGACGUAAAACAGUCUCGAUUCUUGGUUAAAAGCAAAGAAACUGUGCAAAUAACGUUUAUUUUACGUAUAUUGUCGAAGUACAAUGCUACUCUUUUAGGGUUACUAGCGUAAACACAGCUUUUCUGGCGAAAAUUAUUGUGAAUAAAUGCUUAAAUCCUUGAAUUCUGUAUAGAUAUGGACAUAAAACCGUCUCGAAUCUUGGUUAAAAGCAAAAGAAACCGUGCAGGUAGCGUGUAUUUUAUGUAAAUAUGGCGAAUGUGCGGCUCGUCUUUAAGCCGCCUCCAUGUGUAAGCAAAGAAGAAAAUUCUUGUGAAUAAAUGCUUCAAUCACUGAAUUCUUUAUAGAUAUGGACGUAAAGGUGUCUCGAUUCUUUGUUGAAAGAGUUAAAAACCGGGCAGUUACACAUCUAUUUUACGUAUUUAUGUCAAAGAAUGACCCCAAUGCCGUAGCGGUUCCUAUUCUCCCAUUGAUUUUUUUUUCACAAUGUUUCAAAAUGCAUGCAUGGUGCGAAAAAUAUAAUAUUUACCUUGAAUCCUCGAACAAAUCACUCCUGAGACAAUCCUUCCUGUUUGUAUGCAGUAAAGCUUUCGUAGUUCUUCCAAAAUCCAAGCUUAAACCCGGCUUUGACAUGACCGUGUGCCGCCUUCGACUAUUACUGAAUGAAGAUUCAAGCUCGGCCCCCUAUGGUAAGGCGUCACGCAAAGAGUGACAAAGUGUCACAUCAAUAUUUAUGAAGUCUAUGCUUUAGAUUAAUAUUUUUUGCGUUUUUGAUCAAGUUGGGUUUCAUGCAACAUCGGAAUUUGUGUAGCUGACCACAUAUAAGCAGGUUGUUUUUUUCAGCAAUUAAAAUUGCUAUCGUUUAAGGUUCUUUAUAAAUCUGCACAGACAAUAAUUUCUCUGAAGUCAACCUCACCUUGUAACUGACUGAAGUCAACUUUACCUUGGAACGGUAGAGGGAAAGCUCCCACGUACAAAGGAAUUCCUCAUUUCUCUUGAUAUGAAAUGCAGUCACAUAGUCCCAAAUUUUGCUCCUGGUCGAUAAGCAAUGAAAGGUGUGUCAGUUAUAGCCACUCUGUCGAUUAAAAAAAAAAUGUUCCCAACCAAUUGUAAGCUCGCACGCUCCAGCAGACCAGAUCCUUCACAUCUCCGUAUCACUUGGGCCAUUGAAGCAUCAAUUAAAACAUUCAAAGACAAUUUUGACUAGAUAAUUCUUAGUUAAUAAAAACAAAAACAAAAAAUGCCAAAACGAGAAAUAUUCUAUAUAAAGCAUAUUUUGAUAUUCACUUUACAUCUGUACAUCUUAUAUUAUUCAAUCAAUAAAAUUUCUGUUUGAUAUUCACUUCACAUCUGUAUAUCUUAGAUUAGUCAAUCAAUAAAAUGUAUUUGUUCUAAAAGUUUCAGUAGGCUUGUCUUGAAUACUGUCAGAGUUUUAUUCUAGUGAACAGCAGUUGCUCAUUAAAGUAAAUGAUGAUUAACAGACGGUUAAGAUUUGAUCUUGCCAAAGACUCGAUCUUCAAAGCGCCACAUGCGUCAAUCAUCGUUUAACUUAUUAAACAGUUGCUGUGGCAACUCAUUGUGUGUAAGUCAGCAGCUGGAGCGGAAUCACUCAAUGAUGCAUUAAAUAAAAACAAGCAUUUUUUUUUUUCUUUUUUAAAUGGACUGGGCAUCUAUUUAUUUUCUUGUACUGUCUAAGGACUUGGGAAUCAAAAUUGUGAGAAAGCAUGGCCAAUCUCAGGGCUACAAGUCCAUCUCCAAACACCUGAAUGUUCCUGUGUCUACCGCGCGCAGUGUCAUCAGUAGGUGUAAAGCCCAUGGCACUGUGGCUAACCUCCCUAAACGUGGACGGAAAAGAAAAAUUGACGAGGGAUUUCAACGAAAAAUUGUGCGGAUGGUGGAUAAAAAACUUGGACUAACAUUCAAACAAGUUCUGUCCU